GGAGGCGGGAGGCGGGAGGCGGGAGGCGGGCGCGGGCACCGCGGCGUCUGGGCGCUCGGGGCGGCGGCGCAGGGGCGGAGGCAGGGGGCGCCCCCCGCCAGGAUGCUGCGGUUCCUGCGCCGGACCUUCGGCCGCCGCUCCAUGCAGCGCUACGCGCGGGGCGCCGCGGGGCCCGGGGACGAGCGCGACGGGGACCCCAGGGGGGGCGCGGCGGGGCCCGGGGCGCCGGGGGGCGGCGUGUACCCCGCGGGCGGGGGGCCCCUGCUGCCGGGGGGCGCGGCCGUGCACAUCGCCGCCGCGGGCGCCGCCAAGGCCGCGCUCUACUGCCGCGUCUUCCUGCUCGACGGGACCGAAGUCAGCGUGGACCUGCCGAAACAUGCCAAAGGCCAGGAUCUCUUUGAUCAAAUCGUAUACCACUUGGACCUCGUGGAGACAGACUACUUCGGCCUCCAGUUCCUUGACUCUGCCCAGGUCACACACUGGCUGGAUCAUUCCAAACCCAUCAGAAAGCAGAUGAAAGUUGGACCUGCUUAUGCGUUGCAUUUUCGAGUUAAAUAUUAUUCUUCAGAACCGAACAACCUUCGUGAAGAGUUUACAAGGUACCUGUUUGUUUUACAACUCAGGCAUGACAUUCUUUCAGGAAAACUGAAAUGCCCAUAUGAAACGGCCGUGGAGUUAGCUGCUCUCUGUCUACAAGCAGAGCUGGGGGAGUGUGAACCUCCAGAGCACACGCCAGAGCUCGUGUCUGAGUUCCGCUUCAUCCCCAAUCAGACGGAAGCCAUGGAGUUCGACAUCUUUCAGAGGUGGAAGGACUGCAGGGGAAAGAGCCCUGCCCAGGCGGAACUCUCCUACCUGAACAAAGCCAAGUGGCUGGAGAUGUACGGGGUAGACAUGCACGUCGUCAGGGGAAGAGAUGGCUGUGAAUAUUCUCUUGGACUGACCCCGACAGGCAUAUUAAUCUUUGAAGGAGCUAACAAAAUAGGCUUAUUCUUUUGGCCUAAAAUCACCAAAAUGGACUUUAAGAAAAGCAAGCUGACCCUCGUGGUGGUGGAAGAUGAUGACCAGGGGCGCGAGCAGGAGCACACGUUCGUCUUCCGGCUGGACAGCGCCAGGACCUGCAAGCACCUCUGGAAGUGUGCGGUGGGGCACCACGCCUUCUUCCGGCUGCGCGCGCCAGGGAAUGGCAGAGCCAGCAGGUCGGACUUCAUCAGGCUGGGCUCGCGCUUCAGAUUCAGUGGGCGGACGGAGUACCAGGCUACGCACGGCUCCAGGCUAAGAAGAACCAGCACUUUUGAGAGGAAGCCCAGCAAGCGCUACCCAUCCCGGAGACACUCGACGUUCAAAGCAAGCAACCCGGUGAUAGCAGCUCAGCUCUGCUCUAAAGCGAACCCCGAAGUCCACACUUACCAGCCCCAGUACCAUGCCAGCGUGCACCCCAGCCAGCCGCGGUGGCACCCUCACUCGCCAAACGUCAGCUACCCGCUCCCUUCCCCAGGGCUCAGCAGCUCGGACCGGCUGCCUUUGGGCAUCGAGGAGAACGGGGGCACGCCAUUCUCUACCAAAGCUUCCGGAAGGCAUCACCACCACCACCACCACCAGCACCACCCAAACUAUGGCCUCUCGCUGACCCUGGAGAGUAAAGAGGGGCCUUGCAGAUCUCCGAAUUCCAGCAGUAAAUCCCUUACAAAGCUGAGUCUGGGAGCACCUGCCCUGCUGAGUGAAGCUGCUGCCCAUCUCAAGAAACUGGAACUAGACACUGUGAAGGCUGCUGGACCCUGGCCUGCUCUACACAUCAACAUCAAUAAGGCUGAAGAAAAGAAAGUUCCUGAGAAGACUCUGCAGACUCCACUAAUGCCUUCCCCAGUGGCCGAUCACGUGAAGUGUAACAUUUUGAAGGCCCAGCUGGAGAAUGCUUCACGAGCGAGUGCCCAGGCUGGAAAGGAGGAACCACCGUUUGUGAAUAUCAGUAAGAAAACCAGUCUGCAGGAUGCUAAUGUAAGAAGCCCUAUUCCUAUCCGUGUGGAAACUGCCCCACCCGCGGUGGACAAGCCAGAGAUCAAGCCUCCCAGAGUGAGGAAGUUGACACGACAAUACAGUUUUAACUGCAGUGAUGAAGACGACCUCCCUCCAGACCUGGCCGAGGCUGUGGGAGUGACCACCGCCGCCGCGAACACCACCACGGCCACGGACACUCAGGUCUCGGCUCCGGCGGCCUCCCCCGCGCUCCACAGAGCCAGCCCCCUGCACAACUCGGAAGGGCCGAGCCUGUUGUCCCCGGGGCCCAAGAGCCCUGUGAACCGAGGAGGGGCCUUCACCUUGGAGCCCGGGGACCUCCUCAUGGAUUUCACAGAAGCCACACCUCUGGCGGAGCCCGCCAGCGCCCCCUACUCUGUCCACCCUUGCUGCUCUCCUUCACCUUCUCUCCCCAUGAAGGAAGAGGCCACUGGACUUUGCAUGCACCCUCCAAUCAAAACGAGGCUGAUCAAAACAUUCCCAGCUGAGACAACGGCCCCGUUUCCUGACCCUUUCAUUAUUGGCCCACAGUUUACUGCAGACUUCAGGGACAGUAAGUCGCAGUGCUGUCCCGGCCAGUCUUCCCCACUGAUGCUGCCCGGGACCCUGAGGCCUUUGGCAGAGACCGUCUCCACCAUCCACAUCUACAGCCCUCGGAAACCUGCUGCUCUGGCAGCCGGCGCAGAGACGAUCCGGCAGGAACUAGAGAGAGAGAAAAUGAUGAGAAGACUGUUGAUGACCGAACUGUGACAUUCUCCCUUGUUGUCUGGAGGACGGCGUGGUGCCUUUUGUCUGUUUUCUUUCUUCGGGCUUUGUGUGCUCACUCUAGCACAACUUACAGACGUGUGCUCUGUCCGCCCGGGCGUCCAUGGUUAGUUAGUUGAAGGCAACCUCUGGCUUGACUUUGGAAAAGCUAUUAUGUCUGUCUCUGAGGAGAGUUUUCUACAACUGUAGUUGAGAGACCAUUUGGUAAUCCUAGGAAAAGAUGGAAGAUGGGAACGUGGAGCUUCCUCUUCAGAAGAGCGUGCGUGCGUGUGUGCGUGUGUGUGUGUGUGCGUGCGUGUGUGCGCGUGUGUGUGUGUGUGUGUGUGUGUGUGUGUAACCACACAGGGGUUAAUGUGUGGAACCCUGUACUGUCAGUCUCAACCAUAUGAUCUUUGUAUGACUGAAACUUGCAUCAAGCUUUGACUGUUUGCUAAAGAGUCAUUUUUAAUGAGAGAACACGUCUUCACUGCUGGUUCUCCAUUCACACUGGUGAACACACACAGAUCUUACAGAGUCCUGAACGUUCCUUUGUAUUCAGACAUGAGUAGAAGAACUAAAAACAAAAGAGAAAGUUUCAAAAGACUGAAGUGACUUCAACUUAAUCUGAAAUACAGUUUAACCUGUGAAUUUGUUGGGUUGUGUCAUUUGGGAUAAACAGGACCUGCUUCUGAACUCACAGUAGGAAAUUACGGCUUAAAUUUGUGGAACAAUUCUCACAAAGUUAAGACCAUUUUAUAUCAAGAUUAAUUCGGGCAUUUCCCCCGAACGAAAAUGAUGUGUCAUGUUGAUCAACUCUUGUCCUAUUGAUAAGACACCUGACCAGAAGGAACUUCGUUCCCUUUUAUAUAGUUUGAAUACGUGAAUUUUAAAAUUUUUAUUACGCACUUAGGUUUGCAGGAAUAAAGGAACCCCAACCUGUAAAUUGUCUCCCAGUGAAGAUGCACAUGUUUUUACACAGCUGUGAUCAGUGUGUGCCUGCUCUGCCCACACACAAAUGUGUCUCCUCUUAACCAACACACAUUUCACCCACUUCCAUGUCCUGAGAUCUGAGUCCCAUCAUCAGUCUCACUCCUCUCCAUUAGAGAACUUUUUUUUAGUACUAUCCAAGCCUUUUACUCAUAAACAAUGCUGCUAUACAUGUAUUUGUAAAAAAAAAAAAAAAGAAAAAGAAAAAGAAAGAAAAGAGAAAGAAAAAGAAAAAAACUAAGUUGCUACUUUUGGAUUCUUCUCUUGGGAGUGUCUCCAGAGAAGGAUUACAAGGUCAAAGACCAUGAACUCUUCUAUUGCUCUUGUGGGAUAUCGCCAGAUUGCUUUCUAGAAAGAUCCAGUCUCUGGACUGGAAGGACCUUAAAGGUCGUGUACAGUUUAAAUACCCCCCUGAAUGCUUGAACCCCCUCUAUGAUAUUUGAUGCCACCAGCAAUGCACAAGCUUUUCUAUUUGCCAAUCGCUCUGUCAGUAGUGGCUUUUACUGUCUUUGUUUAUGUUCCCUGGUUUAACAGUUCUGUAGAGUCGUUCCUGAGAAGUCGUUUUGUUUCAGCAAUUGCUAGCAAGGCUAAGCACUUUUCUGUGUGAUGGUUUACUAGCUGUAUUUCUGGUGUGUGAAGCGUUCAUCCAUUUCUUAUGGUCACUCGCCAAGUGGGAUUGAACCCAUAUCUUUGUAUCAGAACUGUAUUUUUAUGUUGUAUUGUACAGUUUGCUCUCCUGUCCCUAUCCUUAAAACUGAAUGGUGCCGAUAAUUUGAUACUAAUGAUUAUUAAAAAAAAAAAAAGCAAGGCCUCAUUUACCUACAUUGUUGUAAAAUGAGGUGGGUAACAUAUAUUCAGAUAACAGAGGACUAACCCUUUUAAGUGCUGAAUCUUUGAAAUUUUAACAGUUUUUUGAGGGAAAUCUUUGUAAAAUGUAUUACGUACGUACUUCCCUGCCUUACUCAACAGAGUAUGCUGGAGAGGAUUUAAACUUUUCCUGAGGUGUCACAGUCAUCAUCACAAACAUCAGCCCCUUUUGCUCUGUGCUUUGGUGCUGCGAAGUCAGGCGCUGAAGACACGUGUGACGCUUGGCUUUG